AUGGACGUGGACAGACUGAGUUCAAGAUUGGCAACUCCCCUUUCACACCGGUCAUGCCGCAGCUCACUCCGAAGCGAUAGCAACAGAACCAAGAGCUCAAGAUCUGUUUUCAGUUGUCCUUUUUCUGCGCGAGAUCCAAGAGCUUUCCCACUUGCUGGGGCGUCAAAAGAGCAUGAGCAGCUUCACCGGAACCUUCACGAUGAUGCAGCUGGUGCACGGAUCUCCUGGUGGCUUCGACAGAGAGACAAAUCAAAUGAAUAUCUGAAGAGCAGAGGAUUUCUUGUCGGUGGACCUUCAGUGAUUAGUGAAGAAGUUCAUGAAUCAGGUCAUAUUGCAAGCCAGAUGACAAGAGCAUUUGCAGGUGCGGCUGGCAGGCGUGCUUCAAAGACUCGACAACCUGUACCCUACACUAUAGAUCCAGCGUUUGAACACACAAAGCAAAAUAUGGAACUUGGCGACCAUGCAGGCAAAGAGACAAUAAGAACCAGUACCAUGCGGGACGUUUUGCACGACUCUACAAACGGCAAGAACUCUGGCCAAGAUUCUGGGAUGCAAAAAGGCAGAGACGUUUCACAGGGCGGCAAAGCAGAGAGAUCGCAAAGAUCUCACCGAACACGCAGGGCCACCGGAAGCGCUGCCGCAGGUCUGAAGUGUAUGGGAAGCAAGCCUCGCGCGGAGGGUAUCAAGGUACACCCGUCAGGGAAAGUUUGUGAGAUAGAUGAGGUGAUUUGUGGUCGAGACAUUUCACACUCUCCUUCAAAGCUGAAGGAGCAUCUCAGUAGAGAAGAGUUUCAAGGAGCAGCUGGCAAGAAAAGCCUCGGCGAGGUAGCGCGGCCAGAAGGGCUGAAAACCAACGUUGCCCAUGCUGUUUCUCAAGUUGACGAGGUUGUGUUUGGCCGGGACAUGGACUCCUCCAUCGAGAGGACGGCUGAGCAUUUGGAUGACGACACUUUUCACGGAGCCGCAGGUCGGAGGUACGUGGGACACGUGGAACGUUGUGGUGGACUGAAGCAGCUUCCUGCAAGAACGGUUUCGCAAGCUGAUGCUGUCAUUUUGGGCCGUGACCUUGGACACUCGCAAGACAAAGUGGAGGAGCACAUGCAUCUUGAAGCUUUCAAGGAUGCAGCUGGCUCCCAUUCUCUUGGACACCGACCACGAAAAGAGGGGCUGAAGAGCAACUUCGUCCCUGGCACGUCCCAGGUUGAUCAGAUUGUUUUUAAAAGCGACGGGGAAAGCUUGGAAGUUCAAGACCACCUCCGCCAAGAGGAGUUCCGAGGUGCCGCUGGAAGAAAAUACAUCGGGCAUCGAGAAAGCCCAGGUGGUUUGCGGCCGAGUCACAUGGCGCAUGUUUGCGCAGUGGACAAGAUUGCUUUUGGUGCUCUGAGUGACUCUUCUAAUCUUGAUGCUCAUCUCCGGUCUCCCAAUUGGACAGGGGCUGCCGGUCGGAAGUAUGUUGGUGCGCCCACAAAGCCUGAAGGGCGCCAACCUGUGUUGGGUAGCGGUCUUUCCCAGGUCGAUGAAAUUGUCUGGGGACAUGAUAUUGAUGGCUCAAAGGAAAAAUUGCAGGCAAAGGAAAAGGCUCGAUUGAAUGCGAUCGGCUGCUCUGCCUGA